AUGUAUUCCGUCGUGUUUCCCAUCACAAUUCCCCUGAUACUGGUGGGUGUCGCUUUCGCGUCCCUCCUUUUCCAGUCCAUCCUACAGUACUGGAGGUUGAGACACGUCCCCGGCCCCUUUGCGGCAAAAUUCACCAACUUUUGGUUAGCCAGGAAGUUCUGGAACAACGAAUACUUUGAUGCCAUCGCUUUGGCGUUGGACAGGCAGUAUGGCCCUGUUGUGAGGUACGGCCCGAACAGAGUAUUGUUCAGCGACAUCUCGGCUGUGGGAACUGUCUUCAAUACCAGGAAUGCAUUCUCGAAGGCAGAAUCAUACGAGGUCGCCUUCCAAGCAGUCAAUGGGAAGUUGAUAAGCUCCUUCGUGACAGAGCGAAACGAAGCCCGCGUCUCCGCGAUAAAGAAGCAGGUUAUUGGAGCCUUCACGACCACGGCCAUCCUCGAUUACGAAUAUCAUGUCGACUGCAAUAUCAGGAGCCUGAUGAGUCGGCUUGCCAAUACCGAUCCGGAAGUGAACAUUGCCAGAUGGAUCAUCUUCUUCGCUUUCGACACCAUCUGUAACAUUGCCUUCAGCGACGAUCAAGGCUUUAUGGAGAAACAGUCCGAUCUAGGAAACACCCUAGCGGGCUCCCGUCAGCGCUUUGACCACUGGCAUAAUUGGCAAUCCCUACCCAAACUUGAAAAGCUCAUUUAUAAGAACCGCUUUGCGUCUAGGGGCACGAGUGGAACAUCCCUGCUUGGUAAACUUGCCAUAGAACGCCUCGAGACUAGGCUAGAAAAGGGCGGGUUGGGAACUCAUUCCGACCUUCUUGACCGGUAUCUACAGGCAAGUGAACGCGAUCCCGUCACCUUUGACAGAUCAACCAUUAUCGGCCUACUCAUUUCGACGAUCCAUGCGGGCGCCGAAACCACCGCGGCAUCCAUUAACCUCACCCUAUAUUACCUCCUCACCAAUCCACGGAGCUUGGCCCGGUUGAGGGCUGAGAUCGAAGAUGCCAAGCUCGCCUCUCCGCCCUCAUGGCAGUCAGUCUCGAAACUCCGGUACCUGGAAGCCUGCAUCAAGGAAGCCGGUCGCAUGAGUCCGCUUAUCCUCGACCCGAUUGAGCGCGAGGUGCCCGCUGACGGGCCCGGUGUCGAGAUUUCUGGCGUCUAUGUCCCCCCUGGUUGUGUGGUGGCGAUCAACAUGACAGCGCUGAAUCGCGACCCGUCAGUCUGGGGCGACAGAGUCGAUGAGUUCAGGCCUGAGCGGUGGAUCGAGGUUGACGAGGCACAGCUCUCGAGAAUGGAACGAGCCAAUUUGUCCUUCUCCGCCGGGAGGAGAAAGUGCAUCGGACAGCAUAUUGCGUGGAUUGAGAUGAAGAAGUUUAUUCCCGAGCUGUUGAACCGGUUUGAUAUCGAACUGAUAAACCCCAACCAACGACUCGGGGCAUUCCGUUCCAUGGUUUUCUUUGUCGACGAGCUCAUGGUCAGGCUGACACCGCGAUGAUCGUCUGUCUCCAUCGAUGAUGAUGAUUAUGAUGCUGCUGCUGCAGCAGCAGCAGCAAAGGAACGCCAAUCAUGAAAGAAACCAGGGGGAAGACAAAUGGUCCUUUGAUGAGUAAAGAGCAAGGAAAUACAAAGGGGAGAAUACCGAGGGAAAAAAAAAGAGGCCACCUAUUUUCCGC